GAGUCUGCCGCGAGAGCAUCAUCAGACUGCACCUUUUCCUCCUCAGGAGAACGGAGGAGAGAGCGACCCAGAGUCAGACAGACGGAGAGAGAGAGAGAGUGAGCGAGAGAGAGAGAAAGAAGGGGGGAGAGCGGGAAGCAAUAACACCUUGUCAUCUUCAGUCCGAGUCCGUAAUAGUUGUGUUCCUGUCUGGUCGUUUCCCUUUUUCCUCUCUUCUCGUGUCGCGGAUUCAAAAUCCACCUCAAAUGGGAAGGGAGAUCGAUGCGUCGCGCGCGGCACUGUUGCCACGGAACCACAGGAUGCGCGCGAGGUCGCUGGAGAGAGUGAUGACGCUGGCACACACUCACAUACACACACAUAUUUGCCCACACACGCUUUAAGUCUUGCCCCUUGAAGACAAGGAAGAGGAGAGGGGGAGAAAAUACUGCUAUGACGGUGUCAUUUCUCACCAUUACCAGUGUGUGAGCUGUACACACGAGCACACUUACACUCUGUGGGGAGUUGCCUGCAUGGGGGAUAAGACCCUAUCUAGGGCACAAAGAUGGAGUUUGCAUCCUGUUUGUCCCACAUCUAACACACAAACAUACUCACACACACACCUGGAGAUUCAUGACUGAAAUAAGGAAUGAAGAGGAGACGCUGAACAUCGAAAAGACAAGACAAACACCAGGCCAAGGCAUCAGAAGAUGUUCAAAGGGUGUUAAGAGAACAGAGGGUGCUGCCGUCUGACCCUUCCCUCCCUCUCUGGAGGUCCAUUGUAGCUGAGCUCUCUUUGGUUAAAAGCAUUACCAAGACAGCAGGGUGGACAGGUGACAGUGUUCUACGAAGUGCCCUGCAGUUGUCACCAUGAGCUGUAGGCUAGAGGGAACACCCCAGCUCUAGCAUCUAUUUAAUUUUGUGUGUGUGUGAGUGUGAGAGCGAGUGUGUGUAUGAGUGUAAUGGCGGUUUGCGUUUGGGCGGCAGCCCCCCUGCUCUUUCUGGGGCUGUGCCUGUGCAGCGUAGGGGGCCAGGCCCAAGGGGAGGUCCUGGAGUUUGGGGGCGUGUCCAGCCAGUGGGGGCGGUUUCCGGUGUGGAACGCCUGCUGUGAGAGCGUGCUGAGUUUCAGCCUGCGGACUCAGAGCCAGGAGGGCCUGCUGCUCUACCUGGAUGAUGAGGGCUUCUGCGACUUCCUGGAGUUGCUACUUCUCCACGGGCACCUGCGCCUACGCUUCUCCAUCUUUUGUGCUGAGCCAGCUGAGCUGCAGUCAGGCGUAGCGGUGAGUGAUGGGCGGUGGCAUGCGGUGCGUGUCAAGCGGGACUGGAGGAACACCUCGUUGGAGGUGGAUGGGCGACUGGAGGGAUGGGCAGAAGUGAAGAGUAAGAGAAGAGACAUGACAGUAUUCAGUCACACAUACAUGGGCGGGUUGUCAGCAGAUCUCCACUCCUCGCCRCUACGCCUCACCUCACCCUCAGUGCGGGAGCACCCCGCCUUUCGUGGCUGGAUCACGGCAGUGAGCAUCAACGGCUCGCUGGUGGCGCUGGACAGCUCAGAGGGCGUCACGGUAACAACUGGCUGCGGGCCGGACCACCAGUGCCAGAACGGAGGGGUGUGCAGCGUGGUCAACGACCAGGCCRUCUGCGACUGCUCCGACACCGGCUACCAAGGCAAUGACUGCAGCGAAGAGCACAGCUACACUCCAGGUCUGGCACACCUGAUGAUUGGCGACCAAGGAAAACUCAGAGCUCGUGAGGAGUAUGUUGCCACCUUUAAGGGCUCUGAGUACUUCUGCUACGACUUGUCGCCCAACCCCAUCCAGUCCAGCAGCGACGAAAUCACGCUGUCCUUCAAGACGCUGCAGCGCAACGGCCUGAUGCUGCACACGGGCAAGUCAGCCGACUACGUGAACCUGGCACUAAAGAAUGGUGCCGUGUCCCUUGUCAUUAAUCUCGGCUCUGGGGCCUUCGAAGCCCUGGUGGAGCCCGUCAACGGCAAGUUCAACGACAACGCCUGGCACGACGUGAAAGUCACCCGCAACCUGAGACAGCACUCAGGCAUUGGACACGCUAUGGUGACGAUCUCCGUGGACGGGAUCCUGACCACGACGGGCUACACGCAGGAGGACUACACCAUGCUGGGCUCUGAUGACUUCUUCUACGUGGGAGGAAGUCCCAGCACAGCGGACCUWCCUGGUUCUCCUGUCAGCAACAACUUCAUGGGUUGUCUCAAAGAGGUGGUAUACAAGAACAACGAUGUACGGUUGGAGCUUUCCAGACUGGCCAAGCAGGGCGACCCAAAGAUGAAGGUCAGUGGUGUGGUGUCCUUUAAGUGCGAGAGCGUGGCAACGCUGGAUCCAGUGACGUUUGACACCCCAGAGUCAUUCGUGGCUUUGAGCAAGUGGAUGGCGAAGAAGGCGGGAUCCAUUUCGUUUGACUUCAGGACCACAGAGCCGAACGGGCUGAUGCUUUUCAGCCAUGGCAAACCCAGACAACAGCAGCGAAAAGACCCUCGCACCCCUCCUACGGUCAAGGUGGAUUUUUUUGCCAUUGAAAUGCUGGACGGUCACCUGUACCUGCUGCUGGACAUGGGAUCUGGGACCACAAAGACCAAGGCCAUCGACAGAAAGGUCAACGAUGGGGAAUGGUAUCACGUUGACUUCCAGAGAGACGGACGCUCAGGAACCAUCUCGGUGAACAGCGUGAGAACGGCGUACACGGCUCCGGGGGACAGUGAGAUCCUGGACCUGGAUGACACGCUGUACCUCGGAGGACUUCCUGAGGAUCGCGCCGGACUCAUUUUUCCCACAGAGGUGUGGACAGCCCUGCUGAACUACGGCUACGUAGGCUGCAUCAGAGACCUGUUUGUGGACGGGCAGAGUAAAGACAUCAGGCGGCUUGCUGAGGCCCAGCGGGCGGUCGGAGUGAAGCCUUCGUGCUCCAGAGAGCUGCCCAAACAGUGCCUGUCCAACCCCUGCCAGCACAACGGCAACUGCAGGGAGGGCUGGAACCGCUACGUCUGCGACUGCUCCGGUACUGGAUACCUGGGGCGCUCCUGUGAGCGAGAUGCGACCAUCCUCUCCUACGACGGCAGUAAGUUUAUGAAGGUGCAGCUGCCUGUGGCGAUGCACACUGAGGCGGAGGACGUCUCGCUACGCUUUCGCUCCCAGCGGGCCUACGGCAUUCUCAUGGCAACCACAUCCCGGAACUCGGCAGACACCCUUCGUCUGGAGCUGGACGGCGGCCGAGUACGACUCACUGUAAACCUAGACUGUAUCAGGAUAAACUGUACAGCCAGUAAAGGCCCAGAGACAAUCUUUGCUGGGUCGGGCCUCAAUGAUAAUGAAUGGCACACGGUGAGGGUAGUCCGACGCGGCAAGAGCCUCAAACUCACCGUGGACGACCUGCAGACUGUCGAAGGUCAAAUGGCGGGUGACCACACCCAGCUCGAGUUCCACAACGUGGAGACGGGCAUCGUGACGGAGAAGCGCUUCAUGCCCAUCGUGCCCUCAAACUUCAUUGGCCACCUCCAGGGCCUGACGCUGAACGGCAUGCCCUACAUCGACCUGUGCAAGAACGGCGACAUUGACUACUGCGAGCUCAACGCCGUCAUCGGCUACAAGAGCAUCGUGGCUGACCCCAUCACCUUCCGCUCCCGCUCYAGCUUCGUCACGCUGCCCACGCUGCAGGCCUACUACUCCAUGCACCUCUUCAUGCAGUUCAAGACAACGUCCCCAGACGGUCUUAUUCUCUUCAACAGGGGAGAYGGCAAUGACUUCAUAGUCAUUGAGUUAGUUAAAGGCUACCUUCAUUACAUCUCUGACCUGGGAAACGGAGCGCACUUGAUCAAGGGCAACUCCAACAGUCCGCUUAAUGACAACCACUGGCACAAUGUGCACAUUUCCCGGGACACGAACAAUCUGCACACAGUCAAGAUUGACACCAAAGUUACCACUCAGACCACAAUGGGAGCCAAGAACCUUGACCUAAAAGGUGAUCUGUACAUUGGGGGUGUUACCAAAGAGAUGUACCGCGAGCUGCCGAAGUUGGUUCACUCCCGGGAGGGAUUUCAAGGUUGCCUGGCAACGCUAGAUCUCAAUGGCCGCCUCCCGGACCUCCUUGCUGACGCCUUGACGACCAUUGGGCAAGUGGAGAGAGGUUGUGAAGGUCCCAGCACAACAUGUCAAGAAGACUCCUGCUCAAAUCAAGGAGUCUGUUUGCAGCAGUGGGAGGGCUUCACCUGUGACUGCAGCAUGACAUCAUAUGCCGGGCCGCUCUGCAACGACGCUGGGACCACCUAUAUCUUUGGCCGGGACGGCGGCGUGGUGAUUUACACAUGGCCGCCUAAUGAGCGUCCCAGCACCAGGGCGGACCGGCUGGCUCUUGGCUUCAGCACCCAGCAGAAACACGCCGUUCUACUCCGAGUGGACAGUGCAUCUGGCCUUGGAGAUUACCUUCAGCUGCAGAUAGACAAGGGCAACAUUAGGGUGGUGUUCAAUGUCGGCACAGACGACAUCAACAUCGAGGAGAGCUCCAAGUUCGUCAAUGACGGGAAGUACCACGUAGUCCGGUUCACCAGAAGCGGUGGCAACGCGACCCUGCAGCUGGACGACCUGCCGGUCAUAGAGCGGUACCCUUCAGGCAACAAUGAUAACGAGCGCCUGGCCAUCGCCAGACAGCGAAUCCCCUAUCGGCUCGGUCGAGUAGUUGACGAUUGGCUACUCGACAAAGGUCGCCAGCUGACCAUCUUCAACAGCCAGACGACGGUUCGUGUCGGCGGAGGCGAGCGAGGUUCUGCCAUGUUCCAGGGCCAGUUGUCCGGUCUUUAUUACAACGGCCUCCGCAUCCUCAACAUGGCCGCCGAGGGCCACCCGCACAUCAGAGUGGAGGGCAGCGCGCGGCUGGUCGGCGACAUGCCGUCCUCCUCCAUCACGCCGCAGUCCAGUGCCGCAGCCGGUGGCAACCGGUCAGACUCCGCCCCCUCCAUCAGUGACAUCACAACCACCACGGCGACGAAUAAGAAGCAAGUCGUGACAGAGACGGUAGACGACCUGCUGGUCGCGUCGGCCGAGUGUCCGAGCGACGAUGAAGACAUUGACCCCUGUGACAGCUCAGCCCGCCCUCCGCCGCCAGAUGUGAAGGUGUUCCCUGGUCCGUCCGAGGUGGUGCGGGAGAGCAGCAGCACCACCGGCAUGGUGGUGGGCAUCGUGGCGGCCGCCGCCCUCUGCAUCCUCAUCCUCCUCUAUGCCAUGUACAAGUACCGCAACCGCGACGAAGGCUCCUAUCACGUGGACGAGAGCCGCAACUACAUCAGCAACUCAGCCACGCAGCCCAACGGCAGCGCCAAGGACAAACCGCUGGGCAUCGCCAAGAUCUCCAAGAACAAGAAGAACAAAGACAAGGAGUAUUACGUCUGAGGCGGACAUGCCUCCCCGUCCCCCCAGAAACAAAUAAAUAUGCGUACAUCUUUAUAUAUAACAAUAUAUGUACAUAAAUAGAUAUAUUCUCCAAGAAAAAAAAAGAAAGUCAUACACGGGCACAGACAUGAUGAUUUUAAUGUUUACUCUCCAAUAAUCACACCUGCACACAUUCUGUCAAGCACAAACACACACAGGCAAGUCCACACGCACACAUUUAAGCACAAACAUACACUCACAGACGGACCUGGGGGCCCGGGCCCUCACUGUACAGUAUUUACCAAUGAGCAGAGCCUCUGACAGGGGCUUGUUUUAUGAGCAUUAACACCAUUCCAAAUGAGUUAGAAAGCACCAGUUCAACCACCAUUUUGGCUCCAGCCUGGUCUGCCACAGUCCGUUCAGACUGCGAGGGGUGAAAACCAGACUUUAAGUGAAGCACACGGCGGGCCGAGCGAGAGGCAGUGCACCCGAACAAAGAUGAUGUAAAAGCACUAAGUGUCUCUUCCAAGCUUCUUGGCCUUCCUCCCUGUUAGCAGACAGGACUCGAUGAAGCACAGCGGACGGCAAGGGAACAAGCACACCAGUGGCUCAGAGUUUAGCCCCGCAGCUACAAGACAGGAACUCAAUGUGUAGCCAUAGAGACGGUGAAUUACUACAAGAAAAACAGGCACAGGCAGAGCUGGGUGAGCUGCUGUUAUGCUGCAGAGCUGAUGUUUUUUACAGCCUCCUGUAUAAAUCACAACAAAGGAAGCAGAGGAAACAGAGAGAUGUUUUCCUGCACAGGAUACUUGAGACUUUAGAUGCUACCUACAGACACCAGUGGGGCGUGGCCGCUGUGUCUCCACUCGCGUACAUACGGCGCCACAUAAAACAGUUGACACAAAAGGACAAACAUUUCCCUGCAGCGCUAAAGACCCACAAAGAUCUUCAUAACUGACUCUGAAGGCAACAAGACGGUGAAUUGAUCACAACGAUGAAGACGAAUAUCAAGGAACAUUUGGACAGUACAGACUUUGGGGAAGGGAGGUGUGGGGGGGAAUCUUAUUGCACGUGAAUUAUCUUACUCCGUGUGAUUUAUACUGCGUUGAAACUCCAGAUACACCGCCAUCGUAAACUCCACCACCUCGGCUUCAAGUAUUCCCAAACAUUCGCUUCAAAUAGUUUGAUUUUCAACAAUAAUUUAAGGCCCCGCCCACACUGACAGAGAUUUUAAUCACAAUCGAAAUGGUUCUUCAGUAAUUUGCAACUUCUUUUGUUUUAAUACAAUAUUUUUUAAUCCGUUUCCCAAAGUGGAGAUUUGCUUACAUAUUAGAAAUUAAACA